CCUGCGCCCCGCCCUCCCGGCAGCCCCAGCCCGGGCGCGCACCCCGCGAGCCGCCUGCAGCAGCGCCUCGGGAGCGCUGCUCGGCGGCCCCGGCAGGGCGGCCGGAGCCAUGGACGCGGCCGCAGGUCGCUGAUCCAGGCCGGGCAGCUGCAGCGGCGACUGCAGAGGCGCUGCGCCAAGCGGGGCUGGAGCGCUGCGAGCCGGCGGGGCUGCGGAGGGCGGGCGCGUGGACGCAGGGUUGUUGGGAGGCGUCCAUGGCGUAAUCCCCUGGGACUCCGUCCAUCCCGCCCCUCACCCGGACCCGCAGCCUCAUGGCCAUGUCCCUCCCGAGCAGCAGACGGACGCCCGCCGCGCCCCGCAGUGGGGGCCCUUGGGGCCGUAGUGGCCUGGCGGUGUUUGCCCAGUGCCCGCAGCUGUCCACCAGCCAGAGCGACCACCUGCCUCUUCUUCCCGCCUCCAGGCGCACGUCCCCACCUGUGAGCGUGCGGGACGCCUGCGGGGCCUCCACGCUCAGCAGCAGCAGCAACUCGGGCUCCUGCAAGGGCAGCGACGGCAGCCCCACGCCCAGGCGCUCCAUGAAGUACAUGCUCUGCAGCGACAACCAUGGCAUCAAGCCGCCAGCACCUGAGCAGUACCUCACGCCGCUGCAGCAGAAGGAAGUCUGCAUCCGACACCUGCGGGCCCGGCUCAAGGACACACAGGACCGGCUCCAGGACCGGGACACGGAGAUCGGCGACCUGAAGGCGCAGCUGUCGCGCAUGCAGGAGGACUGGGUGGAGGAGGAGUGCCACCGCGUGGAGGCCCAGCUGGCCCUGAAGGAGGCGCGCAAGGAGAUCCGGCAGCUCAAGCAGGUCAUCGACACCGUCAAGAACAACCUGCUGGACAAGGACAAGGGGCUGCAGAAGUACUUCGUGGACAUCAACAUCCAGAACAAGAAGCUGGAGACGCUGCUGCACAGCAUGGAGGUGGCCCAGGACGGGGCGGCCAAGGAGGACGGCGGCGGCAGCAGCGGGGCCGGGGAGUCCGCGGGGGGCUCCCCGGCCCGCUCGCUCACCCGCAGCUCCACCUACACCAAGCUGAGCGACCCGGCCGUGUGCGGCGACCGCCCGGGGGUCCCCGGCGAGGACGGCCCCGACAGCGGCUUCGGCACCACCGAGGACACGCUGAGCCGCACGGACGGCCUGGAGGCCAGCAGCCUGGUGUCCUCGGGCGUGGACUGCGGGCCGGACGAGGCCUCGCUGCACGGCUCCUUCAGCCUGGGCCCCCGCUUCCCCGCCAGCAGCGCCUACGAGAAGCUCCUGUGCGCCAUGGAGGCCGGGGUGCAGGUCAGCUGCAUGCAGGAGCGCGCCAGCCAGACGGACUUCAUGCCCUGCCAGCCCGACCUGGACGCCCUCCUGGAGAAGGUGGCCAAGGCGCAGGCGUGCGGUGCGGACCCCGCCGCCGCCGAGGCCGGGGACCGGUGCCCCAAGGCGGAGCCGCGCGGCCCGGGGCCCAGGGACGCCAACUCCACCGUGGUGGUGACCGUGGGUGAGGACCCCAUGCAGCCCAUCAUCACCCAGGGGCCCACGGCGCUCCGGCCCGGCGCCGCGCCCAACCCCGGCCCGUCCGUGAGCGUGGCGUGCCCCGACGACGAGGAGGCGGCGGCGGCGGCGGCGGAGGCGGGCGCGGCCGAGAAGGAGCCCAGGAGCUACUGGAGCCGCCACUACAUCGUGGAUCUGCUGGCGGUGGUGGUGCCCGCCGUGCCCACCGUGGCCUGGCUGUGCCGCUCGCAGCGCCGCCAGGACCAGCCCAUCUACAACAUCAGCUCCCUUCUGCGGGGCUGCUGCACCGUGGCCUUGCACUCCAUCCGCAGGAUCAGCUGCCGCUCGCUGGGGCCCCCGGGCGGCUCCCAGCUCUGAGGGGCCCCACCCCUCUACCCCU